GUCGCCUGCUCUGUCACCAGCCUGCACAGGUAGGGCAGGGCCUGCGCCCGGUCUGCUCACCUCUGUGCCCUCAGUGCCAGCACCGCACCUAGCCUUGCACAGGUGCCCACAGAGCCGCUGAGGAAACAGAAACACCAGAAAAACGUCCUAACAGGAGAGGGCCAGAGUGGCUACCCCGGGGGCUGGAAGCCGAGGGAGGCCUCAGGUCUGGUGGAGUCUGCGGAGAGCGACCCAACUUGGUGCCUCCGGGCCCUUGGGCCUGGGACGGGCCGCGUCGGGGAGGCGCUCGUCCGGGGAGAGAGGACCAAGGCCAACCAGGAAGGGCUCUCAGGGUCUGUUCAGCUCGGAGCCGACAGCAAGUCAACCCCACGGGGCGAGGUCAGAGGUGUCGCAGGCCCUCUGUCUCGGAGCCGCGGAACCCGCCGCCCGCAUCCCGCACGGCUCACUCCCAAUGCACAGCGCGUUUGGCUCCAGCCGGCCACCGUAGCUCUUUCGAACCCGCUCCCGCGACCCGGAAGAGCAUUCUCCUUAGCAACUGCGGGACCGCGGCGGUGCCGGCCCUCCGGGAGCCACGCUAGAGACAGCUGAGCUGUCCAAGGCAGAGAGAACUCCGAGCUGAGCAGUGGAGGCUCCCCUGGAUCUGGAGAGAAGAGGUGACCUUGGAACCAGUAAUGAGCCAUUCUGAGUACAAGCUGAACUUCCGGCCCCUGGGAACCCCCAAAGGUGGUGUGUCCUCUGCGGUCGGCCCACAUGGUGCUGGUGCUUCGCCAGGUGACAAAAAGUCAAAGAACAAGUCCAUGCGAGGGAAGAAAAAGAGCAUAUUUGAAACCUACCUGUCCAAGGAGGAUGUUUCACAAGGCUUGAAGAGAGGAACGUUAAUCCAGGGUGUACUAAGAAUUAAUCCAAAGAAGUUUCAUGAAGCCUUCAUCCCUUCCCCGGAUGGUGAUCGAGACAUUUUUAUUGACGGGGUUGUUGCUCGUAAUAGAGCCUUAAAUGGGGAUCUGGUGGUGGUAAAACUACUUCCUGAGGAGCAGUGGAAGGUAUUCAAACCAGAGAGCAGUGACAAAGAAGCAGAAGCUGCCUAUGAAUCUGAUUUCCCUGAGGAGCUCUGUGGACACCACCUCCCGAAGCAGUCCUCGAAAGGCUGUAAUGACAGUACUGAUGUCAUUGUAGAGGCUCAGUAUGAUGACAGUGACUCAGAAAAUGGACACAGCAACUCACAAAAUGCACUGGCUGAUGGUGUUAAGAAACUCUCAGUUUGUGCUCAUGAUAAAGCAUUAUGGAGUGACUGCUGGUCGGGAUGCUGUGCUGGGCCCAGUUCAUGCAAAAGCGAUUCCUGCUCUCUCCUGUCUCCUCCCAUCCUUCCUAGCCCAGGAAAAGAUGAUGCUAGUGCACAUGUUACAAAAGACGAGAGCACCCCCAUGUCACCAGACACCAGAGCUCUGUCAGAGAAGUCGCUGCAGAGAUCAGCCAAGGUGGUUUACAUCUUGGAAAAAAAGCAUUCCCGCGCAGCAACUGGCAUCCUCAAACUCUUGGCUGAGAAGAACAGUGACCUGUUUAGGAAGUACGCCCUGUUUUCUCCCUCAGACCACCGAGUGCCUAGGAUUUAUGUACCUCUUAAGGACUGUCCCCAGGACUUCGUGACCCGGCCCAAAGAUUACUCCACUACCCUCUUCAUCUGCCGCAUUGUGGACUGGAAGGAGGACAGCAAUUUUGCCCUGGGGCAGCUGGCUAAGAGUCUUGGGCAGGCCGGUGAAAUCGAGCCUGAAACAGAGGGAAUACUAACAGAGUAUGGCGUCGAUUUCUCUGAUUUCUCUUCAGAAGUUCUGGAGUGUCUCCCUCGGAGCCUGCCCUGGACAAUUCCACCUGAGGAGGUCAGCAAGAGAAGAGAUCUGAGAAAAGACUGUGUCUUCACCAUUGACCCAUUGACCGCCCGGGACCUCGAUGACGCCCUCUCCUGCAGGCCGCUCGCUGACGGCACCUUCCAAGUGGGCGUCCACAUCGCUGACGUGAGCUACUUUGUUCCUGAGGGAUCUCAGCUGGAUAAGGUGGCUGCCGAAAGAGCUACCAGUGUCUACUUGGUUCAGAAGGUGGUCCCCAUGCUUCCCAGGCUGCUGUGCGAGGAGCUGUGCAGCCUCAACCCCAUGACUGACAAGCUGACCUUCUCUGUGGUCUGGACGCUGACCUCCGAGGGCAAGAUCCUGGAGGAAUGGUUUGGCCGGACCAUCAUCCGCUCCUGCACCAAACUGAGCUACGAGCAUGCGCAGAGCAUGAUCGAGCGGCCAGCCGAGAGGAUCCCCGAGCAGGAGCUGCCCCCCAUCUCCCCGGAACACUGCAUUGAGGAGGUGCACCAGGCCAUCCUGAACCUGCACAGGAUUGCAAAGUGGCUUCGCCAGCAACGCUUCACAGACGGCGCGCUCCGCUUGGAUCAGCUCAAGCUGGCUUUCACUCUGGACCACGAGACUGGACUGCCCCAAGGCUGUCACAUCUAUGAGUACCGCGACAGCAACAGACUGGUGGAGGAGUUCAUGCUGUUGGCCAACAUGGCAGUGGCCCACAGGAUCCACCGCGCCUUCCCCGAGCAGGCCCUGCUGCGCCGGCAUCCCCCACCGCAGACCAAGAUGCUGGGCGACCUGGUGGAGUUCUGUAGCCAGAUGGGGCUGGCCGUGGACGUGAGCUCCGCGGGUGCCCUCAACAAAAGUCUAACCAGAAUAUUUGGAGCUGACAAGUACUCGAGGGCCCGGAAGGAGGUGCUCACCAAUAUGUUCUCCCGGCCCAUGCAGAUGGCGCUGUACUUCUGCUCCGGGGUGCUGCAGGACCCGGCGCAGUUCCGGCACUACGCCCUCAACGUGCCUCUCUACACGCACUUCACCUCGCCCAUCCGCCGCUUCGCUGACGUCCUGGUGCACCGGCUCCUGGCUGCCGCGCUCGGCUACCGGGAGCGGCUGGACGCGGAGCCCAGCGCCCUGCAGAAGCAGGCCGACCUCUGCAACGACCGCCGCAUGGCAUCCAAGCGGGUGCAAGAGCUCAGCACUGGGCUCUUCUUCGCCGUCCUCGUCAAGGAGAGCGGCCCCCUGGAGUCCGAAGCCAUGGUGAUGGGCGUCCUGAACCAAGCCUUCGACGUGCUGGUGCUGCGCUUCGGGGUGCAGAAGCGCAUCUACUGCAACGCGCUGGCCCUGCGGUCCUACCUCUUCCAGAAGGUGGGCAAGAAGCCGGAGCUCACGCUCAUGUGGGAGCCUGAGGACCCUGAGCAGGAGCCGGUGCGGCAGGUGGUCACCAUCUUCAGCCUGGUGGAGGUGGUCCUGCGGGCCGAGGCCACGGCCCUCAAGUACAGUGCCGUCCUGAAGCGGCCAGGCCAAGAGGGCUGCCUGGGCCUGGAGGACCCUGACCCCGACGAUGCAGAGCCUGACAAUGUGGAGCCCGACGGCACGGAGCCCGACGAUGCAGAACCCAAUGAUGCGAAGCCUGAGGCCUGAGCACCAGUGGAGCGGCCCGGCCUGCCCACCACUGUUUUAGAAAGAGGACCUUUUGACACCAAAGGGGACUUUUAAUUUGGUUUUUAACAACUCAGGGGUUUGUUUUUAUUUUUAUUUUUUCAUUUUACUUUUGCAUCUCAGUUUUAAAAAAUGAACUGGAGGGGACCAGGUGGGACUGGAUGAAGGGCUGGGGCCUGGCCAGUGCGUCCCCUGGAGGGAGUGCCGGGUCCUCUAGAGGCCAGGCCACACCAGCCCUGCCCUCCCCUGCCUGGGACCAGGCUCAGCCAAUCAGUGUUGUGGAAUAAAAUCAAGUGUGAAGCGCC